UACCUGAAGUAUACAAAAUGAAUACACAAGGACACAAGUCUGAAGGGAACUGAGAUCAUUGUGCUUUUUCUACAUCCUAGACGCACAAAAUGGAAUCUCAACUUGCUGACCUACAGGCGGAAGUCAAGAGACUUCACGACAAGUUGCAAAAGGUCGAAGACGAAGCAGAGAUUCGCAAGACCCAUUUCAAGUAUGGAUACUACCUUGACAAGUGUCUCUACAAUGAGGUGGUGGACAUGUUCGCCGACCACCCCGACGCCUACGUAGAAUUUCUAGGUUCUCGCUACAGGGGAAAAGAAGGUAUCAAGCGUCUUUACCAAGGACGAUUCCAGAAGUACUUCGUCAAUGGUCGCAAUGGUCCAGUGUACGGUUUCCUGCUUGAUCACCCAAUGUUGCAAGACAUCAUCGACCGCGACACGGAAACCCAUGCCUGGGGUCGACUUCGCGCUUUGAUGUCUGCUGGAACUCAUCAAAGCAUUCAGGAAGAGCACCCUCGCGGCCAUGCUCAAUGGUGGGAAGGCGGACUUUACGAGAACGAGUACAUCAAGGAGAAUGGCGUUUGGAAGUUGUUCAGGUACCGCUACUUCCCAUUCUGGCACUCCGACUUUGAGCGCGGUUGGGCGCACACCAAAAAGAACUACAUUCCCUGGCCGGAAAAGACAUACCCAGAGGAUCCUUCCGGGCCAGAUGAGAUCAUCGAGCAGAAGAUGCUAUGGCCUGACACUCGUGUCAUUCCAUUCCACUAUCCUCAUCCUGUGACGGGCAAGCAGGUCAAGGACGAUGACCUACGGGCACCACAUUAUGGCCAGGAUGUCAACACUUCGGAGCCACCCUUGACACUGGCAUUGCCCAAGGAUCAGCUGGAGGCGUUGGCGAAAGGGAAAGGUGAUAUUGAGCAAACCGUGCUGAAGAAUGGAGAGGUGGCGGACAGUACACCUUGAAGUUGAAAACAAUGUGCUCGUGGAGCUGUCAGAGAAACCUACUAGCGGUAGCCUGCGUAGAUGAAGGAGAAAAAUAUGCGUGUAUUUAGGAAUCCUGCAAGUGGAAGACGAGGUAGCCACGCAGGUAGUAGAAAUCGAAGCAUUUCCCAAAAUCUCAGGCGCGCCGGUGUGAUCAAAUGUGACGAAGCAAAUGCAAACUUUUGGAACAGCAACAUGUUAGACGCAUCUCCCGUAGGACGUCGUGUCACACAAUCA